UUUCUUGCCUAAAGGGUCACUAUUACCUAUAAAAAAUAAAAAAGGAUUUAUCUUUAAUUCUCAUCCUCCCCUUUUCCAGUUUGCUCUUCUUCUUCUUCUUCUUCUUCUUUUGUAUGUUUCUGUCUCCUUACUCAACUUUUGCUUCAGGAUUCGUCUCUUUUGCAGUUUUGAGUGCUACAAGGGAGAUACAUAAUACAUGAAGAUGUCAAAGGCAAGUGAUGGCGUUAGAGAACCAUUGGUGCUCAAGGAUAUGGCUGCUGGAUCAAAACCGGGGGAGCCGUGGAUGGUUUAUCUCAGCACAUUUGUUGCGGUCUGUGGUUCUUUUGCGUUUGGCUCUUGUGCGGGUUACUCUUCACCUACUCAGGCAGCAAUUAGGAAUGACAUUUCACUGACAAUAGCUGAGUUUUCGCUCUUUGGCUCUUUACUAACUUUUGGCGCAAUGAUUGGCGCUAUAACAAGCGGGCCCAUAGCUGAUUUAGUAGGGAGAAAGGGGGCCAUGAGAGUUUCGUCUGCCUUUUGUGUAGUCGGGUGGCUAGCAAUCUUCUUUGCCAAGGAAGUAGUGGCUCUGGACCUUGGAAGACUGGCCACGGGAUAUGGAAUGGGAGCAUUCUCCUAUGUGGUACCAAUAUUUAUUGCAGAAAUCGCACCUAAAACCUUGCGAGGGGCCCUAACCACACUGAAUCAGAUUAUGAUCUGCACUGGAGUGUCGGUUUCCUUCAUUAUAGGCACACUAGUGACGUGGAGAGUCUUAGCAUUAAUAGGAAUCCUCCCAUGCGCCGCCUCCUUUCUUGGCCUCUUUUUUAUCCCUGAGUCUCCGAGAUGGCUGGCAAAGAUGGGGCGUGAUACGGAGUUUGAGGCUGCGCUGAGGAAGCUCCGUGGGAUGAAGGCUGAUAUUUCGGAGGAGGCAGCAGAGAUUCAGGAUUAUAUCGAGACUCUGGAAAGGCUACCGAAAGCCAAGAUGCUGGAUUUGUUUCAGAGGAGAUACAUACGCUCUGUUCUUAUAGCAUUCGGGUUGAUGGUAUUUCAGCAGUUUGGAGGGAUCAACGGAAUAUGUUUCUACACAAGCUCGAUAUUUGAGCAAGCAGGUUUCCCUACAAGACUUGGGAUGAUAAUAUAUGCUGUUCUUCAGGUGGUAAUCACUGCGCUUAAUGCACCAAUAGUUGACAGAGCCGGAAGGAAGCCGCUGCUACUGGUUUCUGCAACAGGUUUAGUGAUAGGCUGUUUGAUCGCAGCAGUCUCUUUCUAUCUCAAGGUUCACAACAUGGCACAGGAAGCAGUCCCAGUCCUGGCUGUUGUUGGCAUAAUGGUGUACAUAGGAUCUUUUUCAGCAGGAAUGGGAGCAAUGCCGUGGGUCGUCAUGUCUGAGAUAUUUCCCAUAAACAUAAAGGGAGUAGCAGGAGGCAUGGCGACGCUGGUGAAUUGGUUUGGAGCGUGGGCUGUUUCUUACACUUUCAACUUCCUCAUGUCCUGGAGCUCUUACGGAACUUUCAUCAUUUAUGCUGCCAUCAACGCACUGGCCAUCGUCUUUGUCAUUGCCAUCGUGCCUGAAACGAAAGGGAAGACACUGGAGCAGAUCCAAGCUGUGGUCAAUCCAUAGUUCAGCGGAUGUUAUUUUCUUAGGGCUAUAUAAACCAAUUGGGACAUACAGUAGCAAUCUUGAACCUAUUUGCUUUUAAGAUUAUUUACUGAACUAUUAUCAAUCUCUCUAUUUUUUAAAGUCUCCUUCUGGAGUUCAAUAAGCGGAUCCUUAAAUUUUUGUGUCUCUAUUUUGCACCUACAAGUACGUACAUCGUUCGAGAUUA